AUGGCUCAUACGAGUACACGUACGAGUACUAGUAUAUUCAAGCUGCAGGAGUACUGCCUGAGAGCGAUGGGACACAGCCACGAGCCGGACAGCUCCGGCGGGUGGGCUUUGAGCCUCAAGCACGUUGUCUCCCUGCUCUUUGCAGCAUCAGCGCAGUACCCCCUGAUCCACAAUGUGGUGCACCACCGCAACGACAUGGAGCUGGCCACGGCCGGCCUGAGUGUGCUGCUCACCAACUUGCUGACCCUCUUCAAGAUAGCAACUUUUCUCGUGUACAAGCAGGACUUUUGGCGCAUGAUCCAGAGCUUCAGGCAAAUGCAUCAGCAAUCGAGUCGGAAUGUUGGAGACGGCUACGGCUACGUGGCCGAGGCAAACAAGGUGGCCUCCCUGCUGGGCCGCGCAUACUUCAUCUCCUGCGCCGCCACAGGACUUUAUUUCAUGGUGUCGCCUAUCCUGAAGAUUAUAGCCAACAGCUGGCUUGGCACAACAUACGUUAGGGAGCUGCCCAUGCCCUUGAGGCUCCCAUUCAACUAUGUGGAUAGUCCCGGAUACGAAAUCGGCUUCGUGUACAUUUUGCUCGUUACCAUCGUCGUUGUGACAUACGCCUCUGCCGUCGAUGGCCUGUUUAUUUCGUUCGCCAUCAAUCUGCGAGCUCACUUUCAGACCUUGCAGCGCGACAUUCGAGCUACGGACUUUGCUCUGCCCGAACAGCAGGUCCAAGAGGGCCUGAAGGACGUGGUCGACUAUCAUGUGCGACUGUUGUCCCUAUCCAAGCUGCUUCGUGUGAUGUAUACGCCAAUUGUGUUCGGGCAGUUCUUUAUAACUUCAAUGCAGGUCGGCGUCAUCAUUUACCAGCUCGUGACGAACAUGGACUCGGUCAUGGCCCUCCUGGUGUACGUAUCAUUUUUGGGCUCCAUCAUGCUGCAAUUAUUCAUAUAUUGCUAUGGCGGAGAAAUCAUAAAAGUCGAGAGUCAUCGGGUCGAUGUUGCCGUCCAGCUCUCCAACUGGUAUCAGGCCACCCCGAAGCUGCGGCGAUCCCUGGCAUUCAUCAUACUGCGGUCCCAGCGGGAUGUGCUCAUCAAGGCUGGGUUCUAUGAGGCUUCCCUGGGCAAUUUCGUUGCGAUUUGUCGGGCUGCCUUGUCGUUUAUAACUCUGAUCAAAUCCAUUGAGUAAAUGCCGAUCAAAUAAGCACCAAGUAGCUGCUGUUAUUAAAGAAGAAACUUGAUAAUA